UGCGCCUUUCAGUUGGUUGCGAUCGGCCAAUACAAAUGUAAAGAAGAAGAACAAUCCGUUCCCAUACUGCAAUGCAUCAAUAAUUUGAUAAUGUACCAAAAUGACACUGAUCUACAAGGCACUGAUGGUUCAGGCAUUCUUGGGAGUCCUGAUGUACGCAGACGGAUCCCCAUUAAGCUGCUAUCCAAGCAGCCAGUCAGAAGCAAGGCUGUUAACCACUCACAGAGACCCUUAAGCAGACUCCCCUCCAAAACCCAGUCUAAUGAUGAAGGUAAGCAUGAUGGUGGCUUGGAGAGAGAAGCACAUCCAGAAUUGCCAUUCAUCCCAGUUGUAUUCCUUAAUGUUCUAGAGGGCUUUGGGUUCAAGCAGGAAGAUAGAUUUGAGCGCAAGUCUGGAGAUGCGUUAGGCAACCAGAGGAGGUUCCCUCAGCCCCUGUUCUGGGACUACAAACUGAAUCUGGUUGGCGAAAAGGACGUCACGCCAGUUCAUUUCUGUGAGAUAUGUGGCCUUCCCAUAAAGCUCUAUGGACGCAUGAUUCCCUGCAAGCAUGUAUUUUGCUAUGAUUGUGCCCUGCUCCAUGAGAAGAAGAUGGAAAAGAUGUGUCCAGGUCUCACCCUAUACAGCUGCACAGAUCCGGUCCAGCGGGUCGAGCAGUGCCUGCGGGGCCUCCUCUACAUGUGCAGCAUCGUUCCGGGCUGCAAGCGCACCUACUUGUCCCAGCGCGACCUACAGGCCCAUGUCAACCACCGACACAUGAGGGCAGCCAAGGCUGCAGGAGGGGGCAUCCUACCACGCCUAGAGCCCUUGCAUCCACAACUGGCCUCAGAGCCACCUGACCACCACCGUCGGUUACCACUGCCCCACCUGGCCAAAGGACACCCCCUCAUACCGCCACAGCUACAGGGACACGAUCCCUAUGGCCAGCCCCCUCCCGCCUCGCCGUCAACCCCCUCCUCUGAACUGGGCCCCUCUGGUCUCCAUCGCCCCCCACUGGGUCAGGAGACGUUCCACAUUGCCACGUUGACUACUCGCAAGCACAGCAACCUCAUCACUGUGCCCAUUCAGGAUGACUCUGGGGACUCGCCCCUUCCCCAGCCUGCCCAGGGCAUGCCCCCUCCCCACCCCCAUCAGGGAGACUACCCUGGCCAGCCCCACCACCUGAUGGCCCUCCCACCCCAGCAGCAGCACUACGGCCCACCCCCUCAGCCACCACCCACCCUCAACCACCCUAUGCAGCACCUGGUCUACAACCAGGUCCCUCCCAUGUCCUCAGGCCUGCCUCCUAUCACCCCACUACCCAGACACAUCAUGGGCCAGAUGCCUCCCUACAUGAACCACCCACCUCCCCCAGGCCCCCUGCCCCAACACGGUGGUCCUCCUGUUAACACGCCCCCUCCCCACCACUACAAUCCAAGCUCCAUGCAGCAGGAUCGGGGCACUCUCAGCCCGCCCUUUAACCAGCCAGGAGCACUGAGCCCAGGGAUGUGGCCAGCCCCCAGGGGCACUCACCCGCCCCGCAUGCAGGGGCCCCCACCCCAUGGCCAGAUGCCUGGUCCUCCCCAGCACCCAGACCAGUCCCGCUACCGCCCUUACUAUCAGUAACCUCACCCAAAACCUAGUUCAGAGUUCAGACAUUGCAUUGUGUUGAUUAGUUUAAAUAUGGAGCCUAUAUGAGUGAGUGGAACUAAUGAAAACUUGAAGUGAGUCUACAGGUUUUCUGAAUAUCUCAAUAGAUUUUAUAAAUAAUUUCUGUUUUUGAAUUCUCAUCAAAUUAAUUGUGAAAGACUGAACUUAAUUUUUCUGAAAUCAAUCAUUAUUCAGACACAUAGAAAUGCUAUUUUGUCAUUUUCCAAAGAUGUCGUAAUGCCUGUUGAAUUUUUCAAUGGGAUAGAAUUUGAUUAAAUGUAUGGUUACAAAAAUGAUUUAAUGUGUUUGGUACAUUUUGUGGAGGCAUUGGCCAUUCAUAUUUUGGGUGAGACGUUAAGCAAAAUUAAUGUACUGAUGCUAUGAAAAUAAUGAUAAAAAAUACCUGCCAUUUCUGAAAUGUAUGCAACUGAGUUUUUUACCAAAUUUUAUUACAAUAAAGGUUGCAUACCCCC